AUGGAGAGGUACGAGCGGCUACGCGAGCUUGGCCGCGGGUCAUACGGCUGUGCAAUACUGGUGCGGGAACGGAGGAGCCGCAAGCAAUGUGUCAUCAAAGAGAUUGACUUGUCCCGCAUGCCAGUCUCCGCACGCAGGGAGGCAAAGAACGAGUCAGACGUCCUACAGCGGCUGCGGCACCCCAACAUCGUUGAAUACUGUGAAUCUUUCUUGGAGGGGCAAAUGCUUUGCAUAGUGAUGGAAUAUGCCGAUGGUGGGGACCUGAGCAAUCUCAUCAAGAUGAGGAAGGCUUCUUCCGAGAUGCUGUGCGAAAGAGAGGUCCUGAACAUGUUCAAGCAGAGCUGCCUUGCCAUCCAGCAUGUACACAAUCAGCACAUUUUGCAUCGUGAUUUGAAGUCACAGAACAUUUUCCUGACGCAAGCCGGCUUUGUGAAGCUGGGAGACUUUGGGAUUGCAAAGGUUCUUGCGCACACUGCUGCAGAAGCAAUUACCAUGAUUGGAACCCCCUUAUAUCUGGCCCCUGAAGUGUGUCACAGCCAGCCUUACGGAAUGAAAGCUGAUGUGUGGUCCCUAGGCGUUGUCUUAUACGAGCUUCUAGCCUUGAAGCCGCCUUUUACGGGCAGCAAUUUGGCGGCAUUGAUCAACAACAUUGUCACUGCCACUCCCAGCCCUGUGCCGGGAGUGUACAGCCAACCUGUUCACGAUCUGGUGCGUGACAUGUUGCAGAAAUCUGCAGACACCCGUCCUACUGUCAAUGAGGUUUUGGCCAGACCGUGUCUUUGCUCUGCAGAACCAGGAAAAGAAAUGCAAGACGAGACUUUCGUUCCCCAACACGUGCUGCAACCGGGGAAUGAUGUGCCAGAUUCCUUGGAGCACUUGCUACGGAAGACUGCAGAGAGGAGAAGGCCGCCUCUUCCGGAUAGUGCGCAGAUGGUACAUGAAUGCAGAAGAAAUAGAGAUGCAGCUAUGGCUGUCAAGGCGCGUGUUGAGGGCAGAACAUCAUUGCAGCAGCGCAGUCGCAGCGAAGAACCAGACCAAGCGCUCAGCAGCUCGUCCCGCAAAGCGUUGAAUGAGGCCGAGCAUCUACGAGCUUUGCAGGAGGCAGCAGCUCAAGCAAGACGUGAUCGGCGGCACGGACAACAGCGCUUGCGUCAAGAAUUGGAGAAAACCCCCCGCAUAAGUGAACAUGAUGCGACGGACUACGCUCCAAGACGGCUCCGAGCAAGCUCGGCUAAUGAAGCGAAGCACUUGUUCGAUCUACAUGAGGCAGCAGCUCAAGCGCGCCGAGAUCGACGACAGGUUCAAAAGAAAAUAAAGGAACUGGAGAAAGCUCCUGACGGUUGCAGAACAAAUGAGAUCCAGGCUGGCCAAGGGUGCUCCGGUUCGUCAAGCCCUUCUCGAACCAAGCAAAGUCGAGCUAUGGCUGAGGCUCAGCAUUUGAUGGCUUUGGAGGAGGCCCGUUUGCAAGCUCGUCGAGAUCGCAAAAUGAUCGAUGCAAAGCGGAAGGCAGAGGAAGCCUCUGAGACCGACAGAGUUCAUGACAUGCAACAUACCCAGGUUUGCAAGCCACAUACACCAGAGGAUCGGGCAGCAGCUGAAGCAAAACACUUACAGGCCUUGAAGGAUGCUGCUGCGGAGGCCAGGCGAGAACGACGCAUGUUGCAGCAAAAGAUUCAGCAUGAGCUUGAAUGCCAAGCAGUCCAAGACGAGGUCUCGUACAGGCCGUCAUUUGAGGCUGGGGAAGGCCUUGCCGGCAAAAUGAGGCAUCACCAGCUCUCUCAGCUCUCUGAUGGGCGCCCUGCAAAUCGAGGGGCGAGCGAGGCCUGCUGCAACGAAAGCCGUUCGGCCAGCAUGGGCAAUGAUGAAGCUGGUGACACGAAUUUACUCGGCGCGGAUGGCUCCCACUCAUGCUUUUCCAGUUUGUCAGACUCCUUCCGAAAUCCAAGUCGAAGGGAUCAAGACCGGUCGAGGAAGGUUGAGGUUGACGAGCUGUCCAUUGCAGCAAGCACUGCGCAGGACAAAAACUCGUUAUCAGCCCCACUGCGGCCAGCCAGAGACGUGGACACUUUGGGAUCCUUGUCGUACUCGCUUACGGCUCCGCUCUCCUCAUCGUGGACAAGAACAAUGGGAUAUGGCUUGCCGUAG